UAUGAAGACUUUUCUUUUCUUUUUAGCUACCCUAAUUGGAGUUAGCCGUGAAGAAAAUGGAAUUUUUAUAUCUAUUAAAUCUGUUCACCAUACACCAACUUUAAUCAAGUUCGAGAAGAAUUCAGCAAUUCAACAUAAAUAUUCAUCAAUUAUCUUACACGAACAUGGAAGAAGGGAUACUCAAUUAACUCGUAUUGUAUCCGGGAAUUAUCUUAUUAACUUUGAUACGCGGAUAAAUGGAUCAAGAUCAAUUUGCGUUUAUCGCAUUAUCAAGGAUUGCAUUGUUAUUGACAAACAGAUAGUAAAUUUGAAGUGGUGCCGUCGAUUAAACUCUUCAAGUAUUACGAACAUCGGCCAAGGAAUAGAACUCUAUACAAAUAUUGACGAAAAAGAAGUUUUGAUAAAAGAAGGUUGUCCUACUACUAUUAGAGGUGCAGAGAGAAUGAUCAAUGAUGAUUAUGCUGCAUUUUCUGCUGCCGGAGAUCUAACUGAUAAGCUGGUCGGAGCUUUGAAAGAAUUAAGAAAUGAUAUUAAAAUACACCAAACUGAAACAAAAAAUCUUAGAUUGUUCCUGUCCAAAUGUGACCUUUGUCGGGACGUUAGCGUCUGCAAUUCUAUCAAACCUUGCUAUCCGGGCGUUAUUUGUAACGACCAUGAAAAUGGAACUUAUUCUUGCGGCAAAUGCCCUACAAAUUAUAGAGGUGAUGGUAAAUUUUGCGAAAAGAUACCCGCUUGUGCGUCUAAGCCGUGCUUCACUGGAGUGGCUUGUCAAGAUACCAAUGAUGGAGGUUACUUUUGUGGAAGAUGUCCUGAGGGCUAUGACGGAGAUGGUAGAAUUUGCAGAGAGAUAAAUGGCUGCGAUAAUAACCCGUGCUUUAGGGGCGUUAGGUGCGAAAAUUUGGGUAGAGGAAUGUAUAAAUGUGAAUCUUGUCCAAACGGCUUCAAUGGAAAUGGUGUUGUUUGUUUGAAGUUACCUGCUAGACCUUGUCGUCGGCGACCAUGUUAUGAAGGUGUCAUAUGUGAAGAUUUGGAUGGAGACAAUUUUAGAUGCGGUAGAUGUCCAGAAGGAUUUGAAGGAGAUGGUAUUCGUUGUCAAAGACUCUCAUCGUGUUCCCAUAAUCCAUGUUUUAAGGGCGUUGAAUGUUUUGAUAUGGGACAAGAGAAUUUUAGGUGUGGUCCUUGCCCGUCAGGAUAUACUGGAAACGGUGUCGAAUGCGCAAAGUUAAGACCAUGCGAUAAUUAUCCUUGCUUUGGAAAAUGCUACGACAAGAGUGAUGGGAGCUAUCACUGCGAACCUUGUCCUGAAGGUUAUUUUGGAGAUGGACGAACUUGUCAAAGAAGUUCACCAUGUCUUAGUAAUCCGUGCUACCGCGAUGUUCGAUGUUUCGAGCUUGUUAAUGGCAAAUUCAUUUGUGAUAAAUGUCCUCAAGGCUUCACUGGUAACGGUAUUGGAUCAGAUGGUUGCAAGAAAAUAAUAACAUGCAGAGAUCGACCAUGUUAUCCGGAUUCUAUAUGUUCAGAUAUUGACGAUCAGAGAGGAUACUUUAAGUGUGGCCCUUGCCCCUCUGGUUUCACUGGUGAUGGAUAUGGAGAAAAUGGUUGUAAAAGAAUCACUUGUCAGGAUCAGUAUUGUCAUCCAAGUGUGGAAUGUUAUGAUGAUGGUAAAACACUUACAUGUGGAUCUUGUCGCUCUGGAUUUACUGGUAAUGGUAUCGGAAUAAAUGGAUGUAGAAGGAUAACCUGUGGAGACAAACCCUGCUUUGUAAACGUGCGAUGUGAAGAUACGCCGGAAGGCUAUAAAUGUGGUCCCUGUCCAGGUAAUCUAGUUGGAGAUGGAGAAGUUUGCAGAAUAAGAAGAUGUUCUGAUUCACCUAGACCAUGUUAUCCUGGAGUUGAUUGCAGUGACAUGGCAUACGGCCCUAAGUGUGGUGAUUGUCUAAGGGGAUUCUGGGGAGAUGGAAUGGAUUGUCGACGAAUAACUUGUGAUGAUUAUCCGCCACAGAGACCUCCUUGCGAUAUUCGAGCUGAAUGUUUUGAUACGGACAAAGGGCCAACAUGUGGAUCAUGUCCCCCUGGUUUGGUGGGGGAUGGGAAAAUUUGCCGAUUGCGUAAAUGUUCUGAUCCUCCACAGCCAUGUUUUAGAGGUGUAGAGUGCUAUGACACGAUAUUUGGUCCUAGAUGUAGAGAUUGUCCGACAGGAUAUUGGGGUAACGGUUUUGAUUGUCAGAGAAUAACAUGUGAAAAUUUUCCAAGUCAUCGUCCACCAUGUGACUAUCUAGUCACAUGUACUAAUUCUCCCAGCGGUCCCAUCUGUGGGCCUUGUCCUGAUAGGUUUUCUGGUGAUCCAACAAUAAGAUGCCUUCCGGUUCGAUGCGAUUCCCAACGUUGCCCACCAGGAAUGAGAUGUAUCGAUUCACCCAGUGGAUAUGACUGUCAAAAGUGUCCAGAUCGAUUUAAGGGAGAUGGCAAAAGAUGUUGGCCAAUUAGAUGCUCUGAAAAACCUUGUGCAACAGGAGUUGAAUGUAAAGAUUCUGAUGAAGGGUACAUUUGUAGAAAAUGUCCAGAAGGUAUGAAAGGAGAUGGAGUUAUUUGCGAAGAUGUCAACGAAUGUAUUGAGGAAAAUCCAUGCGAUAGAUUGACUAGAUGUAUUGAUUUACAGCCUGGCUAUAGAUGUUCUGCUUGUCCAGUUGGUUAUGAAGGGUCAGCAGUUACAGGUAGAGGUCCUGCCGACGCUAAAUUCAAGAAACAAGUUUGCCACGAUAUAGAUGAGUGUGUCAAAUAUAAUGGAGGCUGUACACCAAAUUCUCGCUGCAUAAAUACAAUUGGAUCAUACAGAUGUGGUGAAUGUAAUUUUGGCUAUGAAGGUAACCAGGUGAUUGGUUGUUCGAGAAUACGUGGACUCUGUCCUGAUAACAAGAUUAUUUGUCCUGAAAAUGCCGAAUGCAUCCUUGAUUUCAAUGCAAGGUCUUAUAAAUGUAAGUGCAAACCCGGCUUUGCAGGAAAUGGAACCUUUUGUAGCUUUGACAAGGAUGCCGACGGCUAUCCUGAUGAAUCCCUACUUUGUACGGACAGUCACUGUAAGAAAGACAACUGUCCUUCUGUUCCGAAUAGUGGACAGGAAGAUCUUAAUGGUAAUGGAGUUGGGGAUGCUUGUGAAAACGAUUCAGAUAAUGAUGGGAUUCCUAAUUCAGAGGACAAUUGCCCUUAUAUUAAAAAUAGAGACCAGGCCGACAUUGAUAAGGAUGCCGUCGGUGAUAUCUGCGACAACUGCAGAUUCAAAGCUAAUAGAAAUCAACACGAUAUUGAUAGUGAUGGCCUAGGAGAUGUAUGUGAUGAUGAUAUUGACGGUGACGGUCUAUUAAAUGAGGAUGAUAAUUGUCCAUAUGUUUCUAAUUACGAUCAGAGGGAUGUCGAUAGAGAUAAUGUCGGCGAUGUUUGUGACAAUUGUAUUAAUGUUCCAAAUCCUGAUCAAAUUGACAUUAACAAAAAUCGAAUAGGAGAUGCCUGUGAAGGAACAACAGACAGAGAUGAAGACGGUAUUCCAGAUAAGAAUGAUAACUGUCCAGAUGAUUCGAAUACAGAUCAAUUAGAUAGUGAUGAUGAUGGAUUAGGAGAUGCUUGUGAUCAGGAUGAUGAUAACGAUGGUAUUUUGGAUGCAGCUGACAAUUGUCGAUUGGUGUUUAAUCCCGAUCAAAUGGAUUUGAAUAGAGAUGGAAUAGGUGAUGCAUGCAACAAAGAUUGCGAUGGAGAUAACCGACCCGAUUACUUGGAUGUCUGUUAUAGAAAUAAGGAAAUAUUUGACACUGAUUUUAGAAACUAUACCCAAAUUAUGCUUGAUCCAACUGGUGACUCGCAGGAAGAUCCAGAUUGGGAUGUUCGGGAUAAAGGAGCAGAAGUCGUUCAGCAUAUCAAUAGCGAUCCAGGAUUAUUCGUGGGCUAUCAUAGAUUUACAGGAGUGGAUUUCGAUGGCACGUUCUACGUCGAUUCAAAGGUUGACAAUGAUUAUGCUGGAUUUGUUUUUGGAUAUACAAAUAGUAGUCAUUUCUAUGCAGUUAUGUGGAAAAGAGGCAGACAAACUUACUGGGAGACCAGUCCUUUCAGAGCAGUUGCCGAUCCUGGGGUUCACAUUAAAGUAGUUCGUUCUUCGACUGGACCUGGUCCAAUGAUGAGAAAUUCUUUGUGGCAUAGUAUGAGCGUCCCUGGGCAGACUACUAACUUAUGGAAGGAUCCAAACCAAGUUUCUUGGAAGAUGAGAAGUUCUUAUAGAUGGAAAUUACAGCAUAGACCAGAUUUUGGUUUUAUUAGAGUACGGAUAUUUGAGGGAAGUGAAAAGAUAAUCGAUUCUGGCAAUUUAAGGGAUACAACAUUUUCGGGAGGCAGUCUAGGUUUAUUAGUAUUUUCUCAGGAGAAGGUCGUCUUCUCUCAACUUAGUUACAGAUGCAUCGAUGAUCUUCCUCAAGAUGUCGACACAGAUCAUUUUCCCAGGCUUCGGGAAGCGUCUACCAAAUGGUGCUAA